AUGCCGAUCAAACACCUGGAUCCCAGCUGCGCAUUCGGCUUCUACUGUGGCAGUCGAAUGGAGUUGGUUCAACUGCUCGAGCGUCUACCGCGCAUCUCCGAACUGCGUAGCUCUCACCGAUCGAACACACGUCUAAUCGAGGUGGUUUCCGCCUCGCAGGCGACCCACCUCUUCACUCCACCCGUAACAUCCCUACCCACCGCCAAACGGUUCAGCCUGACCAAGGACCUCCGUCCUUCUUACUCCUACCCUCCAAUCGAUGACAGCAGUGAAAAGCUCGAUGAUCACCGGCAACACCGCGAGGAAAGAGAUACUGUCUUCCUCUAA